CAAUCCGCAAUGAAACGUUCCGUGUAUUACUUACUACGCCUCCUUCAGGUGCUUUUAUUAUUAGCCGCUGCCAAUGAAUCAAUUAGUGAAAUUCUACUUCAAAGGGAUAACCACGGUACAAUAGGCCCGGUAUAUGCGAUAUUGGGAGCCAGCUUCUGUGCCUUGACUACCAUAUUAUCCAAGAAGGUAUGGAGAAGCCCCGUGAAAGAAUGCAGCCCAUCUCUGAUGUCCAAAUGAACAUUUAUUAGAGUUUCUAUAUAGGAACGGAGUGUGACUUGGAAGAAAUGUACGUAAUGGAGAGUAUCACACCGGCGUUGCUGACCAAUUGUAAUUUUCCGAUUGGAC